GGGACCGGUCAAAAUAUAAAUAAAUAAAAAUAAAGUUGUAGCGGGUUUUCCGGUGAAAGGACGAAUAAGCAAAAGCCGAGCCAUGACACGUGGACAAACAGGAACCGCUUGAUAGAGAUUCAACGUCUAAUAUUUAAUCAUAAUCGGUGAGAUUCAUUGAAACUGGAAGAGAACUGUAGAGAAGUGGCCAGUCAUAGAUUUUCUUGUUCAUCUCAGUCAUACUCAUACACACACACUUUCUUUCUCUCUCUCUCCCUCUUUCUCUUUCAAAAACCCAGUUGCACAUGAAAGCGAGAUAGAGAGAGAAAGAAAGAAAUAGACAGAGAGAGAGAGAGAGAGAGAGAGAGAGUGAACAAGGGCUUGGUUGUCUUAAAUGAGGGUCGCGUAGCAGAGAAAGAGAGAGAGAGAGUGAAAGGGUGCAGUUGCCAUGGCGGCGUUGCAGAGCUCUAAUUCCGUGCCAUUAUUGAUUCCAACAACGAAAGAGUAGAAUUGAACACACAAAGACCCAAUUUGCUAAACAAACAGUACUGCUCUUUCAUCUCUCAUUUUCUUAUUUUAUUAAUUAAAGAACUUUUUUUUUUCUUUCGUGUGUUAUUGUUUUCUUUCUUCCUUCCUUUUCUCUUUCUCUUCUUCUGAAAUUUGGUGUCAAAAAGCUGCAAAAGCUCCAACAACAAGAUCGAUAGGAGAGUCAGACUACUACGUCUCGACCCAGAAUCAGAAUCCCCAAAAUCAGGUCAAAACCAGAACAUUAUAUACACACCUAUUGGGUUUUGGGUGCAAGAAAUUAUGGCUGGGUUCUUUUGCCUAGGCGGACCAAGAGAUCAUCAUCAUCAUCCUCAUCAACAAUCAUCAACCCCAAGCAGCAAACAAGAGGAUCAACAAGAUCAAGUGGAAAGAGAACGAAACCUUUUCCUUUACAGAUCAGCAACUGAUUCAGAGAUCUGCACCAACAACAAUAAGCAGCAGGGUGGUGGUAGUUUUGAGAUAUGGCCACACCAUCAUCAGCAUCAACAGCCUCAGAAUUUCAACAACUACGUACUCUCCUUUGGCUCAAGUCCUAGCCGAGCUAACAACAACAACAGCAGUAGUAGUACUAGAAACCUAAACGACGUCGUUUCUGGCGAUGACCCAACUAGAUUGGGGUUCACAGUUAUGAGGCCAGGAGGAAUAGUAGGUGGUGGAAGUGGUUCGGCUGGAGGUAUGAAUUGUCAAGACUGUGGGAACCAAGCUAAGAAAGAUUGUAUCCAUUUGAGGUGCCGUACUUGUUGCAAGAGCCGAGGGUUUCAUUGUCAAACCCACGUUAAGAGCACCUGGGUUCCGGCUGCUAAACGCCGAGAGCGACAGCAACAACUCACGGCUUUACAACUUCAACAACAAGACCAACAGUUUCGAGUUCUUGACAACUCAAAAAGGCACAGGGACAAUCAAGGAGCCUCUGCUGCUCUAAUUCCUUGCACUAAUACUACUACUACUACUACUACUCGUUUACCUUCCACUACGUCAGGGUUGGAACUUGGAGGAGCAUUUCCUGCCGAGGUGAACUCUUCAGCUGUUUUCAGAUGCGUGAAAGUCAGUGGAAUGGACGAUGUAGAUGAGAACUACGCGUAUCAGACGGCUGUGAACAUUGGAGGGCAUGUUUUCAAAGGGAUUCUGUAUGACCAUGGUCCCGAAGCUCAUUACACCGGAGGAGGAGAUGGCUCAUCUGGCCGGGGAGGCGGAAACGGAGAAGACAAUACUACUCAUCCUCAUCAUCAACACCUUCAUCUUAUAACAGCAGGAACAGCCUCUGUCUCCGCCGCCAGUACAGCCGGCGGUAACCCAUCUAUUUCGUUACUUGACCCUUCAAUGUACCCAACUCCACUCAACGCUUUUAUGGCCGGUACGCAAUUCUUCCCACCCCCGAGGUCUUAAAACAAAAAACAAAAACAAAGAGAAAAGAAAAAAAAAAAAACAACAAAAAAAGGUCUCUCAGUUUCAUCAUUUAUCCCCUAGCUAGCCUUAAGGGGAAAAAAAACACUUGAUUUGUCGGCUACUGAUGAUCUCUCACUAUUAUUAUUAUUAUUAUUUAGUAUUCUUAUUCUGGUUUCUUUAAGUUUUCUUAAACAUGCACUGAAGUAGAAGAAGGCCUAUAUAGGAUGUGUACUAGAGAAUAGCUAGGUUGUUGAUGAGGAGAAGAAUAUAUCUAUUGUCUGGAUAUUUGGCCUAAUUGUUUUAAAAUUUCAAUUCAGAUUUUCAUUAUGGUUAUAAUAUAUAUCUUCUAUCGA